AUGGAGGCCGCUGGCCUCGCGGUCGGUAUCGUACCACUUGUAAUCGAAGCCAUCAAGUCGUACAAAGCGGCUCGCAAACUGAUAAAAACGUAUCGCAGAUGCUCUGAAGAAAUUGACAAAUUCUACUUCCAGUUCGAGAUCCAACAGACCAAUUUCGAGAAUGAGUGCGACUUGUUGCUUCUAGACGACGACGAUUCACUGCGGAUACUCUUAUCUGGCGGGCGAGAAGAUCAGCGCCUCGUGGAAAACUACGAGAAUUGCGCUGGCAUUUUGAAACACAUUGCACACGCGCUGAGCGAGGUGCACCGGGAAAUGCAAUGCUUCAAGAUAUUGAAAAAAGAGAGACUCAAAAAAGACGAACCCCUUCGAGACACAUUCCGCCGAGUGUGUAAAAAGACGGAAUUUACAUUUCGGAAACCAGAGCUUGAGAAGCAGCUACGCGGUCUUAAGGACCUCAACGGAGAACUCUCACUGGUCCGAUCGUAUAUCGACGAGUUCCGAUCAAGGCAAACCAAGCGACCUGGAUAUCUGAACGUACCACAACAGGCACCUCGGCAGUACGCUAUGGUCCGCCACGCUGCUGGGACACUCCAUCGAGCACUCAUGACCUCCUGGGGCUGUGACAUGAGUAACCAUGCAGGUCACGAAGCAAUGCUCUGUCUUGAUGCAGAGCCACACGCCAACGAGAGAGUAUCCUUGGACAUGGCAAUCUCGUUUCAAGAUGUCUCAAAUGCAACACAAACAGUGCCAUACUGGCUCCAGAUCCAAUCCAGCGUUUCGACGAAGAAGUCGGAUGAUUCUCUGCAUGUGGAGGGCAACCUGCUGAAUGUACAUCUGAACAAUCUACUUCGACCUAAUCGUAAACGCUCGCGAGAUUCGUCCGAAAGCGCAGCUGAAGAAGCUCCGUUGUCAAGACGUGUCAUCCAAAAUAGCAGUUUCAGCAGCAAUGAGACCUGCACAGUCACACACGCAAGCCCGGUUCAGAUGCCUGUUACACCUUCCGCGCUUGUGGACCUGGCCAAAACCAACGACAUAUGCCGUCUGAUUGGCGAAACGCUCUGUAACUCGUCUCUUCAGUCAAACAGCCUCCGUUGUCUUGGAUACUUGAAAGUAGAAGAGGAGUGCCAACACCUUUUCUACUGUUCCGGUCCCUCGGCCAAAGGCGGCCGGCCGGUCGCGAGACCCUUACACGCGAAUAGCUCAUCAAUGGCAAAGGUCCUCUCAUCCAUGCCACACAACGAGGUGCGGCCAGACCAGCAGAUCAACAUUGCCCAUCGCUUGGCUGUCUCGCUGCUCCAGUACAAUUCGACCCCAUGGCUCGACGACGUGUGGCGAACCCAAGAUGUAUUCGUGCUGGGAGACAGCCCCGAUCUCUCCAACGCCGUCUUGUCGACACUGCACUUCAAGACAAGUAUGCCAGACAAGAUGGUAGCAGAUCAAGCGGUCCAAGCAGCGGACUCGACAAUCCAGGACACUGCAACCACAGCCGCGACAUCUGCAGACCCAGCAGACGAUCAACUCUCACUGUACCAUGGCGUUCGGAACGUGCCGCUCUUCAGUCUUGGAGUCGCGCUGCUUGAGAUCAGCCAACAGAAGCCAAUACUUUUCCAAGACGGAGAGGACCAGAUCGUUGCGGUGAGACGAAUGGCGAAGCAGUCCAUGAGGCUGGGUCCGCGCUACGGCGAGAUAGUGAGGAGGUGCCUAGAGUGCGAUUUUGGCCAGGGGAACGAUCUUGAAAAGUCUGAGCUACAGAGCGCCGUCCACCAGGAGGUAGUGUGCCCAUUGGAGGCUUUGAUGAAGCAACUUCGCCUGGACUAG